AAACACAUCCUCAUAAUGCGUGAGAAUACCAAUGAGCAAAUUUACGGCUGUGCCCACAGCUCCCAAUGGUAAUUUAAUCAUGGGUAGUUUGGUUUUUUAGAGCAGUGAACAUAGUAGAAUUGCAUUACCGUAUCUAAAAAAUAACAUUCUUGGUCCAAAAUGUUAAAUUCUGCUAAUGUGCCAUUUUCAUGAAAUACAUGUAUAGUUCUACAUUUUGGAUGUGGAUAAUUGAAAAUCCUACAUUUGAAAUAUGCUUCGAUGGAGUGGUCUUUUGGAGUGUCAAUAUAUUGUUACUGCAGUAAAUUGCACAUUUUCAUUAUUAUAUCAUAGGCACACAGUUAGUGGAAGAUUAAACAGAAGACUAGUUACGUCGCUGUUAGGACAGACACAAACUUUGGAUAUAGAUAUAUAUAUAAUGUUUGGAGAACAUUCUGAAAGACUCAAUAAUGAGAUUAAAAAUAGCAAUCAGUUGCUAGCGCAGGAAAAUGUCACGCUACAACAGCAAUUGCGGGAAAGGGAAGAGUGCAUAAAAGAACUGAAAAUAGAAUGUGAAAGGCUUAAAAUAAAGAAUAGGAAAAGUUUCGAAGAAAAUUUGUUGUUGAAAAACGAACUACAGCAUUGGAAAGAAAGGCAUGGGAAGGUGGAAAAAGAUUACAAUGACACAUUGGUUGAGCUUGGACGACUUUCUGUUGAGAGCGAUUCCAAAACAAACAAAGCGAUAGAAAGCGAAAAAUUUCAGAAAGUAUUUCCCCAAAAGGGAUUGGCAUUGUUAGUUACAAAUAUGGAAGGCAAUAUUUCGCCUGAUUUUAACCCCAGGUCAAACAUAAACUCUGACGUUCAGCCCAACACUGUUCAGUCCGAGGAUGAAAAGAAACCGUUGCCUCCUUUGUCUUUGCCGCCGUCUCCAUCAGGAGAGCAAUCUGUAGGCGCAGGUGCAGAAUUGUUGGAGUUGGGUGCAUGUCAGAACCAAGGUAGUCAUGUAAGACUAAAAAAUGUUUCGAAUGCCGCGAAUGAAUGCACUGAUGUUUCACCUGACUCAACGCCAUUCCCCACGCAGGUAUACGAAAGAAGUAAUGCAGAGCCCUUGGGUCUCAUAAAUGAACCUUCCGCUUCAGUUAGUGCCCAUGUCUACAACGCUUACAAACUACUAUUAAUAACGAUAUCUGAUAGGUUGCUAUACAGUGAUAUUAUCAAGCUUAAAGAAUGGGCAAACGAAAAAUUUGCAGUCGAAAAUAAUCUAAGUCCAGCUAAAGUUAUUUUACAAUUGGACCAGAAAGGUGCUAUCAAUGCAUCGGAUUUAAGUCAGCUCCGUGUAUUCUUUGAGUCAAUUACAAGAUUUGACCUAGUAUACCUUAUUGAUGAAUUUUAUAAUGGUGACUACGAUAAGUUGAGAAUGUUGAUCAAUCAACAUGAGCCGACAAACCGCAUUAGUCACCAACGAGUGGCCAAUUUAAAUCGAGUACACUCAUCUAGAGUUCUCUCACCACACAAUAACACUCCAAGAUCUCCACUAAGGUCCAACACCGUUAACCGGGAUAUUGGCAAUGUUCAAGUAUUUGAACGACCUAGUACAACUGACGAGAGCAAUGGCGUAUCCAUUGCCAGGAAUCGCGACCGCGCGGAAAAUGUUCACUCAAAUGUUUCCAGCACAAGCAAUUCUAUUGUAAAUGGCAAUACAUUUUCAACGCAUGAAAAUUCAGAAGAUGUUCUUGCGUGUCCUCCAGUUAAUAACUCAAGAGGUUGGUAAACAAACUAUUUUAUUAUUCCAUUGUUUAAUUUAAACAAUUUCGUUAAUUUAAAUCAAUACGUUUUCCCGAUAUAUUAUGCUAUUUCCGAAUCUGUGCUACUUUCAAGAAACACAUUUUCCACUAUUAUCUAACAUAUUUUUGUUGUAAAAAUUAUUUCUUCAAAAACUUUUUCCCAACUUACGUUUAUAAUUUGCCCGUUUAUAAUUUAACUUCAUUUCUACUGGGAGCUAGCCCCUGACGCCGCUCCAUCCCCGCCUCAUACUCUUAUGAAGUUAUGUUACUACUUUUACCCCACCUUUCCUCUACUUCUGAGACGACAUGAAUAGAGAAUAAACAAUCAACAAAUUAAUAAAUAUUAAUUAAAUGCCAUUUAUCAAUUUAACCAAGGAAACCCAGGUGGUGAGAACAGGGUAAGCACAAAUGAUGCUCCAGUUACUACAAGAAAAAUCAACGGAAAGAAGAUGUCGAACUCAGAAAAACCUUCAUGUCUGCAAAGACACCCUGAAUCGAAAGAGUCGUUAUCUCAAAGACCUUCAGAAUCGAAACAGCCGUCAUCUCAUGAUGCCCAGAAUCGUCUUGCACAACACAAUGGUCUUUCUCAACGCCAUUCGGAUGACCACCUUCAUGUGCUGAGGAACGGCGAUAUACAAGACAAUUGGCUAUGCAAUCAUUACAAAAGAAGGUGCCUGGUGAAAUUUGAUUGCUGCAGCAAAUACUGGCCAUGCCACCGUUGUCAUAACAACGAUAGCACGUGUGGGCGUAAGAAACUGAAAUCACGUGACACGACAAUGGUCAAGUGUGUCGAAUGCGGGAAAGAACAACAGGUAUAACGUAAAAUAUGUUAAAGUGGUCUGCACAUCUUUGUGACUCUUUCAGUACAGCUCUCUACAAAGAGAUCAUUAAAUCAAGGGAAAUGUAGGACUUAAAUUGCGAUGCAUGCAGACAUAAUACACCUUCUUUUCUUUUUCAACAUACUUUUAAAGAAACGUUAAAAUUCCAUGAGAUAUAUUUGAAGACGUAAAAACUUAAAAAUCUAAAAAUAUACAUUAUAAAAUUUUUCAGUUUUUAUGCCAUAUUGAAACGUUUCAUAUUUUUAGAUUCAAAACUAAGCUUUUCAAUAAAUAACAUGAAAUUUAUUGAAAAGUGGUUGAAAGAAAAAGGAAGACAUAUCAUGUCAGCAUCGACAAUUAGUUAACAGACUCUUUCCUUGCUUCAAUUGAGAACAGUAGUGAGAAGUGUAGCUAGGAUUGAAUUCGUCUAUGUUUGGAAAAUAAUUCCUGCGUUUGGAGAAUAAUUCCUGUAACUUCUAUUGCUAAGAAAUAUUUAAUCCAUUAUUUUUGGAUUUCAUUUUUUCGUUCAGCAAAAAUGGAGAACUAUAUUUCAGUGUUUGAGGAUAAUAUAUUAAUUUCUACUCUUAGACGACGAUUUCAUAAGUUUUCUUCGUUUUUCUUUCUUUCUAGUUUGGGGAAAAUGGUCAAUUUUGUGUUUCAUGUAACACUCAAUUCGCUAAUUUCUACUGUGGUCUGUGUAAACAUCUUACUGGAAAUGAUGAUCACCCUUAUCAUUGCGAUAAAUGUGGCAUUUGCAGGUGAGAAUUUGACGUAAAUUUAAACAUCUUUAUAAGGAAAUGUUCGAUUAUUUCAACUGUACAAUCUUUGUCUUAUCAGAUUGAUUGAGGUACGUUUAAUUUCUAGGAUUCAUGGAGAUCGCUCGUUUCAUUGUGAUGUAUGUGGUAUUUGUCUUGAUGUUCAACUUCGUGGAAAUCAUAAAUGUCGUCCUGAUUCAGCCCAUGAUGAAUGUGGCAUCUGUUUGGAGGUGAAUGCAUAUGAUGUUCUAAUGUAUCGGGUUAUUGAAUGAUUGCAUGAUCAAACUGCGUGACAAAUAUUAGAAGAACUUCGACCUAUUCGCUAACUUCUAGACGAUUUGUCCUCGCUCGAACAGACUUGUUAAUGUUAACUUGUUAGGUCAGUUUAACCCAGUAAUCCCUUGAGUGUCCUUGCAAAAUGCAUUCUAGACACACUUAAUUUGUUUUUAUUUUCUUUAGGACGCAUUUACAGGCUGCCAAAUUCUCCCGUGCUCCCACAAGGUUCACAAAGAAUGCGCUAAUCGAAUGAUUCGGAACGGAAUGUAAGUCCAUGUAUCGUUUAAAAUAUUUACAUACAUAAAUUCCACACGACACUUUGCCCCAGUAAAUGGCGAUUGGAGAUAUAUUAGAAAGUAGUGCUGUUUACCACCAAACUCAAGUAGACUGAGAGUUUAGUCAUCAGAUUUCCUUAAGCAUUUUCAUUGAACUUUCAUAUUGCGUAAUGAAAUGACUUCGUGAAAUGCAGCAAGCUCAUGCGAUAUGAAAUACGAAUACAUGGAGUAUCUAAUAACGACGAGUCAUGUAUGUCUGCAGAUUGUACUAUUACGCUACCCCACUUCGUGUGUUGUUGAGCACUCGGCGGAGUUGUUAAUGGGUCAUGUCUAUUAUUGUCUAUUAGUGAUAGUGCAAAAAUCACUUCCUUUGUGGUUGUUUGAGCACUCUGACACUACAGUAUUAACAAGUCUCGGACAGCCCAUUACGAGGUGUGCCAUUACACUCUGCGCAUGUCUGGAUGCGUUGUUGUUGUCGUGUUGACCACAUGCCUUGGUGAGAGCAAGCUCAUGUGAUAUAAAUAUGAAUGAAUCGCGUCAUAGACGGAUUUUGGGGGGGGGCAGGGGGUGCUAUAACCACACCAAACAAAAUGUCCAUUCCUCCAAAAAAAUUUUCAACCCCCCCCCCAAUAUUUAGCAUAAUAAAAAAUAAGUAAAUAGUCCACUCCAAUGUUCAGAGUGUUGAUGAUACUAAAUAAACGUAGGAAUACACUACAGUGCAAUACUAAUCGCUCCUCGCUUGCAUUCACUGGUAAAUUGUAAUGUUUUGAAAUUCUAUUAUAUCCCCUGAAUAGAGUUUGCAGUGCCUUGUCAUGCAAAUAGCUUGCUUGCAAGGAACGUUUGGAAUUUUACGAAAAUUAUUUUUAGUUUUAAAUUCUUUCAGGAAAUAGACUUGCCUAGAUUUAAUCUUUAUGCCCCAAAUAUUAUUUACAUCGGAGUUGCAUCAUAAAUUGUACUUGGAUUGGACACAAUGUCAAUGACUUUAUAAAAGUAAAAACAUAUUGUGUAUUGGCCUAUUGGGUUUACACUUUUACAGGUUCAUUUAACUUUAACUCUCUCAAGUCUCAACAGACAAUCAGACAUGCCAAAUCCAUUGAUAUCACAACUUCAAAAAACUUUUUUUCGAAGCCACUUUGUUUCCUGCUCUCUAGAUUCCCCCUCGCGGCUCUAGUGCUCCACCCCAAGAAUAUAGACCUUACAGGGUUUGGUGACACUUUGUGUUGCUUCAGUCACCUGCUCACGGCUCACCCCCCUAAAAUUUCUGGCACCACCCCAGUAAACAACACUUCAACUAGUAUUUUUGGGAUUGUUUGCAACAAUUAUAUAUAGCGGAAAAGAGGUUAAAGUAGAAUACAAUAGAAAUAUGCUAGUCCAAGCACGCAAAUACAAUACAUAACAUAUCUUUCAUAAUUUUUAGACCAUCAGAAAUUCAUCAAAGUGAAGAAAUUUAUAUUGGAGUUUCUAUAAAUGUGUUUUUUCUUCUCUCCUUUUAUCCAGAACUCGCUGUCCAAUAUGCCGAGAAAGUUUCGCCCACAAACUUGAGAGACGCCCUGUUGGAAGGAGCAAAAGAUAACCAAACUCAUGGAAAUUUAUUAUUAAAAAUUCCAGGAGAAUUGCUACCAAUAAAUGUAUAGGGAUGUUCAGAUUUUGACAUCCGCAACUCCUAUACCCGUUACCGGUUUUUCUGCCGUCGUCACAGCAAGGGCCUUCCAGCGUCGUGGAUUCCAUUCUCUCGUCGCCCACUCAUGUGAAUCAUCAUGUGGAGAGAGUCGUUCAACGCUCGGACGAAGUCGUCGGUUUUCUCUUGCUACUCCGAUAUCGCCUCCAACCGGUAAAUUGACAGU